AUGUUUUCAUCUACUUUUUACCGAACACCUCAACUAGGCUUUACUCUUCUACGCCAUAAAUUAACCCAAUCUCAUUUAACCUCUAAUUUUCGUUAUCCGGCUCUUAGUUUUAUUAGCGCGAGCUCUACUCGUAGUAAAGUUACUUCUUUAAAUUCUCAGCCACCGAUAACACCACCAUCACCCAGCGAUGUAUUUCUUCAAGGCAGUGCUGCAAGCAUUGAACAAAUGUACGAAGAUUGGCUAAAAAAUCCAAAUUCCGUUCAUUUAUCCUGGCAAGUGUAUUUCAAAAAUAUCCAUACUGGUGUGAAUCCUCGUCAUGCCUAUCAACCUCCUCCAACAAUUGUACCAAGUGGAGCUCCCAUUUCGGUCACACCAGGAGGCACUUAUGGAAUAAAUGAUCAUAUGAAGGUACAACUUUUAGUAAGAGCUUAUCAAGUUCGUGGACAUCAUCUUGCAAAAUUGGACCCUCUAGCCAUUAUGAAUGCUGAUUCUAAAUUUUCAAAAGAACUUGAUCCGAUGCAUUAUGGAUUCUCAAAAGAAGAUCUUAAUAAACAAUUUUCAUUAGGACCUGGAAUAUUACCUCAAUUUGCUCAAGGCGGUGGUCCGAUUGGAAUUGAAUAUAUUCACAUUCCUUAUCGAGUUCAAUGUGAUUGGAUUCGUACUCGAGUAGAAAUUCCAAUACCAUAUAAUUAUACGACCGAAGAAAAACGUAUGAUUCUUGACAGAUUAAUAUGGUCAAGUUCAUUCGAAAAAUUUGUAGCUUCAAAAUAUCCAACUGAAAAAAGAUUUGGUUUGGAAGGAUGUGAAAUUUUAAUUCCUGGCAUGAAAGCUUUGAUUGAUAGAUCUGUUGAUCUUGGAAUAGAAUCAAUUGUGCUUGGAAUGGCUCAUCGUGGUCGAUUAAAUGUGCUUAGUAAUGUAGUUCGAAAACCGAAUGAGUCUAUAUUUUGUGAAUUUGGUGGGUCUGCAAAUUCUUCUGGUGAAGGUUCGGGUGACGUCAAAUAUCACUUGGGUAUGAAUUAUGACAGACCAACACCAUCCGGAAAACGUGUACACCUUUCUCUCGCUGCUAAUCCAUCUCAUUUGGAAGCUGUGAAUCCUGUUGUAUUGGGCAAAGUUCGUGCUCUACAACAUUACACAGGUGAUGAAAAAGAACGACAUCGUUCUAUGGCUGUUUUGCUCCAUGGUGAUGCAUCAUUCGCUGCACAGGGUGUAGUAUAUGAAACAAUGGGUUUUCAUGAUUUACCAUUCUAUACAACUGGGGGUACUGUCCAUAUAGUUAUAAAUAAUCAAAUCGGAUUUACUACUGAUCCCCGAUUUGCACGUUCAACACCGUAUUGUACUGAUAUAGCGAAAGUAGUUAAUGCUCCUAUUUUUCAUGUGAACGGAGAUGACGCUGAGGCUGUAACUUUUGUAUGCCAAUUGGCUUCUGAAUGGAGACAAACUUUCAAAAAGGAUGUUGUUAUAGAUUUAGUUUGUUAUCGUAAACAUGGCCAUAAUGAAGUUGAUCAGCCUAGCUUCACACAGCCAAGAAUGUAUAAACAAAUUGCUAAACAACCUUCAACACUUGAAAUUUAUAUCCAAAAACUUUUAAAUGAAGGUACAUUCACAAUUGAACAAAUUAAUAAACAUAAACAGUGGGUAUGGGAUACAUUAGAAGAAAGUUAUAAUAAGAGCAAAGAUUAUGUGCCAACUAGUCGUGAAUGGCUUUCUAGUUUCAAAUCACCUAAAGAAAUUGCUGAAAAAAUCACUCCUGUUUAUUCAACUGGUUCUUCUCUUGAAUCACUUCAACAUGUCGGUGAUGUUAUUAGUUCUUAUCCAAAAAAAUUCAAUAUACACCCUGGUCUUGAUAGAAUAUUCAAAGCUCGUGCUAAAUCCAUAGAAAGUGGUGAAAAUAUCGACUGGCCCACUGCCGAAGGCCUUGCUUUUGGAUCAUUACUUCUUGAAGGAAAACAUAUCCGUCUAUCUGGUCAAGAUGUAGAACGUGGCACUUUCUCACAACGUCAUUCUGUUCUUCAUGAUCAAGAAAAUGAAACUCAAUAUACACCAUUAAAUCAUUUACGUCACGGUCAAGCUCCAUUUGUCGUAUGUAAUUCUUCCUUAUCAGAAUUUGGUGCCCUUGGUUUUGAACUUGGAUACUCUCUCGUAAAUCCAAAUUCUCUUAUAUUGUGGGAAGGACAAUUUGGUGAUUUUGGCAAUAAUGCACAAUGCAUUAUUGAUCAAUUCAUUGCAGCUGGCGAAAAGAAAUGGCUUCAGCGUACCGGGUUGGCAAUCUUACUACCUCAUGGUUAUGAUGGACAAGGUCCUGAACAUUCAAGCGGACGUCUUGAACGAUUCCUUCAACUUUGUGAUGAUCAUCCAUAUGUUUUCCCUACUCCAGAAAAAAUGGCACGUCAACACCAAGACUGUAAUAUGCAACUUAUAGUUUUCACGUCAAAGGCUCUUCUUAGGCACCCUAUGGCUCGUUCUAAACUUGAUGAAAUGAUUGGUGAGACUUAUUUUGCUCGAUAUAUACCAGAACCACAUCCAGACACGCUUGCCGCACCGGAGAAAAUCACUCGUCAUGUCUUAUGCUCUGGACAAGUGUAUUAUACUCUUUUAAGAGCUCGUGAACAAAACAAGAUGGAUCAUGUGGCAAUUUCUAGAAUUGAACAACUGUCCCCAUUCCCGUAUGACUUGUUAGCACAGCAUGUUGACAAGUAUCCAAAUGCACAGCUUGUAUGGGCUCAAGAAGAACCUUUGAAUUCGGGAGCAUGGGGUUAUGUAGCUCCUAGAAUUCGUACUCUUAUGAAUAGCGCUGAACAUAAUAAAGGCAAAGCUUCUAUACCGGCAACUCGUCCACCUUCAGCUUCUCCUGCAACAGGAAACAAAAAACAACAUAUCCAAGAAGAACAUGAUUUAUUAUCCCAAGCGCUUAUUGGAAAAGUUUUAAGACCAAAAGAUGUUGUUUCUGGA